AGUGCACGGCCGAGAAAAGUCCAACACCUUUUUGCGCGCUAAAUUUGAAUUUAAUUUGCCGCACAAAAAUUUUCCUCCCUUUCCAGCCGCAAAAUAGAAUUUUCUUGAAGUUUCACAUUUCCACACGAGAAAGCUAAUAAAAAUAAUUAUGUUUAUAAACAAUCAAGCAAUUUUUGUCCUAUGCAAGUAUGCAUGAACCGAAAACAGCGUUGGUGUUUUUAUAAAACAACAUAUUUACAAACUCUAGGAUAGAAAAAUGAAAAGAAUAUGACAUGAUUCGCUAAAAAACAAUUAAUAUCAUUGAAAAACGCAAGGCAAAUGAACAAAAAAGCAGACGUGAAAAUUCUAAAAAGUCUACCAUAAACUUUUGCGCGCCGAGACCCAUCUGAAAAAUACAUAUGUAUAUAAUUCAUGAAAAUUCCAAUAUUUUAAUUGUCUAUUAUAUUGCUAUGUUCAUGUGUUUUGAGCCUCUUCUAUGCUCUCCAGAGCUCUCUGUUCGCCACAUGUGUUGUGUAAUUCGAAACAGCCGUCACUUUUCCUCUGUUUUUCAUUUUUUGAGUGUGUGAUGCUGCUUGCUCUGCCUUCUGAACUUUGCCAUCAUGCAUUUUCGAAAGAGAUAAAAAAUCUUGAAAGUUGAGCAUGAAGCACCCAAUUGUCUCUGGUGACACUUUUCACCUCAUUUUCAAAUCUCUUGCGUCAUUCAGCUCGAGCCAUUCGUCUUUCGAUUUGACCCGGUUAUUUUGUACAAUUUUUAGUAGAAAAAAUUAGUUUUUUGGGUCCUGACACGAGCUAAAAAUUUUAGUAUACAGUAUCUGUAAGUAUUCAACCAGUUCCCACAAUUUUUUGAAAACUUGUUAGAAAAACUUAAAUUACUGAGAAGUCUUAUUAUAUAUCAGGAAAUAUGAAAACUGUCAAAUAGGAAACAACUUUCUGUAAGAAGAAUGAAAUUCUACAGUACUCGCGGGUACUGUAGCUGAAAUAUUUCGCUUGCUCUAGAACCCUGAUCGUCAAUUAAAAAAAAUUGGCUAACUCGGCAAUAUUUGAGAAUUAUUAAGUUAAUCGGAAAUUUCAGAAAUUGAAAAUUUUCAGACAUUUUUUUUAAAUCAAUAAUCACGAAAUGAACGAUGAUAAACUACGGAGCCUAUUUGCAUCUCUUGCAACUCUCACACAACAAGGACCAAUUCCAGUGCAAGCCUACAGUAUGCUUGCUGGUCAACAUUCUACAGAAGUUCUCGCCGAACACAUGAGGCUCCGAUGGCUUUCGGAUGGACGCUUUGGACCAGUUGCUGCAAAUAUACUAAUGCACAUCCAUAAGUCCGAUCCAAAAGACAUUUCAUUAUCCUCAAAUGUGUUGGCUCUACUACUCAACGACUACCGUAACCGGCUUUCAGUUCGAAACGAUUCUCGACUUAUGUUCAGGAAUUGUGUGAAGACACUUUUUUCAAUGUAUCCAGUAUAUGUGAAAAUGGACGAAUGUGUGUCAAAAUGCUUCAUAAAACCAAUGUUCUCAUCUUUGGAUGCACUUAUUGAUGAUGCUCCAGAUACCGAAGAUCUAGAGACAGCCGGGAUACUUCUCAGCGAGAAUGGUCGCGUUCUUCACGAUUUGAAUUCAUAUCUCGUCGAACGAAUCAUUGUAAAAUUGCGUCAUAAACUUAUCAGUGAAGAUCCAAUUGUCACUAAACAUGUCCGUCAAAUAUUCAUUCAUGUGUAUGAUCUUUGGGCAUUUGGAUGGAGUGAGCUGAAUAUUCCUGAAUGUCUUCUCACUUUGAGUGCAGAAGGGAAGCUAUCGAUUGUUGAUCAGACACCACUUCGGAAGAAUGAUAUCAGCAAGCAAGAGUUCGGAAGCAAAGAGAGCAUUGUUUGAAUAUAUUGAAGUAGAUCCUUAAUAUUCCCACUUUUGGUGAUUUUUAGUUUUCGGGUUUCAUAAAAUAUAAAAUUUCGGUGAAAUAAAACUUCAUUUCGGG